UCAUCGUCGAUGUUCUUAAUCUGAACACUUUCAACCAGGUUUGAAUCUGGGACCUUGCAGUUGUAUGUGAGUUUCAAGUGUUCGUCGAGAAACAUAUAUAUUAACUAUAUGUCCAUAACUUGAUACCACCCCAUAUCAUAGAAUCCGUUUAAGGUUCCACAACAAGCUCAGAAAAUUCUUAAUUAUUAUUACUCAUUCAAAUAUUCAAGCACAUUAUGUCAUUUUUUUUCUCAUUCCAUUUUCUUGCACACACUGCAACUAGUUUUCUAACUUUUUUCCUGAAUGUGAAACCAGUUUUCUUGCAUGGUUUUUCUGGUUUCCUCCAUCUACUACUGUUAGUGGCAUUUUUCAUGUCAUGGUUGAGGGAAAAACUCACUUUCAUUGAAUCCAGAGACAGUUGCAAAGAGAGAAUCAAAAACACCCUCUUCACAAGGACUGUUUUUUGUUUUCUUAGUAUUUCUGUUUUCAAUUUUCUUCUCUUUUCGUUUGAUUAUUUCAGUUGGUACAGAAAUGAUUUUUCAAAAGAAAAACUCGUGACCCUUUUGGAUUUAGCGUUCAAAACAGUUUCUUGGGGGGUUGUUUAUGUCUUCCUUGAAAGGAAACUCUUAUGUUCAUGUGAAACAAGAUUUCCAAUGCAAUUGUUCUUCAAACCUUGGUGUGUCUUUUACCUCUUUGUUUCAUGUUAUUGCUUUACAGUAGAGAUUGUUCUCUAUGAAAAGCGAGUUUUAUUUCCGAUUCAAUGCUUGGUUUCUGAUGUUUUCUCUGUUUGUGUGGGUUUAUUCAUUUGUUACCUGUGUUUUCUUAUGAAAAAUGAGGAUGAAAUAGAAGAUAGCUCUCUUCAUGAACCUCUUUUGAAUGGUAAUAAUACAAAAGAAACCAGAGGGUUUGACACCGUUACUCCUUACUCUAAUGCUGGAAUUUUCAGCAUUCUUACAUUCUAUUGGGUCGGUCCACUAAUUUCUGUUGGAAAAAGGAAAACUUUAGACCUUGAAGAUGUUCCACACCUCGACAGAAAAGACAGUUUAUUUGGAGCUUUUCCAUAUUUUAAGGAUAAGCUUGAGGCAUAUUGUGGCGACGACAUCAACAAAGUGACCACAUUUAAGCUAGUGAAGACAUUAGCAUUCUCAGCGCGGAAAGAGAUUCUUUUAACAGCUAUUUUGGCAUUUGUCAACACAUUGGCUUCUUAUGUGGGUCCUUAUCUUAUAGAUAAUUUUGUUCAAUAUCUUAAUGGACAAAGGAAAUUGGAAAAUGAAGGACUUAUUUUGGUGUCUGCAUUUUUUGUAGCAAAGGUUGUGGAGUGUCUAACAAAGAGGCAAUGGGUUUUCAGGUUACAGACAAUUGGAAUAAGAAUCCAAGCACUUCUGGUAACAAUUAUCUAUGAUAAAACUUUGACACUUUCUUGUCAAUCCAAACAAGGCCACACUAGCGGCGAGAUAAUCAAUUUCAUGACUGUUGAUGCUGAAAGAGUUGGCGAUUUCAGUUAUCACUUGCAUGAUCUUUGGUUGGUAGUUUUUCAGGUUUUAGUUGCUAUGUUUGUUUUGUAUAAAAAUCUUGGCAUCGCUUCAAUUUCCGGUCUUGUUGCAACUAUCAUUGUAAUGUUGGCAAAUGUUCCUUUAGUGUCAAUCCUAGAGAAGUUUCAAAACAAGUUGAUGGCAUCAAGAGAUAAAAGAAUGAAGGCCACAUCUGAGAUUUUAAGGAACAUGAGGAUUCUCAAACUUCAAGGAUGGGAAAUGAAGUUUCUGUCUAAGAUAACUGAACUCAGAAAGAGUGAGCAAUUUUGGUUAAAGAGAUUUUUACACACUAUAGCUGUGAUCAUAUUUGUAUUUUGGAGUGCACCAGCAUUUGUGUCUGUGGUUACUUUUGGUUCUUGUAUUGUUAUAGGGGUCCCACUUGAAUCAGGGAAGAUCUUAUCUUCACUUGCAACAUUUCAGAUUCUGCAAGAACCUAUUUAUAAUCUUCCAGACACAAUUUCAAUGAUGUCACAAUGUAAGGUUUCUCUUGAUAGGAUUGCAUCUUUUCUUUGUAACGAUGAAAUGCGAUCUGAUACUGUUGAGAAGCUUCCAAAGGAAAGUUCUCAUAUAGCUAUUGAAGUAGUUGAUGGAAACUUCUCUUGGGAUUUAUCUUCUCCGAACGCAGUAUUGAAAAACAUAAAUCUUAAAGUUUUUCAUGGAAUGAAAGUUGCUAUUUGUGGUACAGUUGGAUCGGGAAAAUCUACGUUACUUUCAUGUGUAUUAGGAGAAGUACCAAAGAUAUCAGGGAUUUUAAAAGUGUGUGGUACAAAGGCUUAUGUAGCACAGUCGCCAUGGAUACAAAGUAGCAAGAUAGAAAAUAACAUAUUGUUUGGGAAGGAUAUGGAAAGGCAAAGAUAUGAGAAGGUUCUUGAAGCAUGUUCACUAAAGAAGGAUCUCGAGAUUUUAUCAUUUGGCGAUCAAACAAUUAUAGGGGAGAGGGGAAUAAAUUUGAGCGGCGGACAGAAACAAAGAGUACAAAUUGCUCGUGCUUUAUAUCAAGAUGCUGAUAUAUAUCUAUUUGAUGAUCCGUUUAGUGCUCUUGAUGCUCAUACAGGAUCUCAUCUAUUUAAGGAAUGCUUGCUGAAACUUUUAAGUUCAAAGACAGUGAUCUAUGUCACACAUCAAGUAGAGUUCUUACCUGCUGCUGACCUUAUCUUGGUUAUGAAAGAUGGAGAAAUUACUCAGUGUGGAAAGUAUAAUGAUCUACUCAACUCAGGCACGGAUUUUAUGGAACUUAUCGGUGCUCAUAGAGAAGCAUUGUCUGCACUUGAUUCAUCGGAUGGAGAAGGUACAGUGUCUCAUAAGAUAAGUACAUCACAACAGGAUCUCUGUGUCUCUCUUCCUCUCGGUGUUGACAAAAUAGAAGAGAAGAAAGAAGUACAGAAUGGUGGAACAAAUGACGAGUUUGAGCCAAAAGGACAACUUGUUCAAGAAGAAGAAAGAGAGCAAGGUAAAGUUGGGUUUUCGGUGUACUGGAAAUAUAUAACGACGGCAUAUGGAGGUGCUCUUGUGCCGCUCGUAUUGAUAGCUGAAAUCAUGUUUCAACUUCUUCAAAUUGGAAGCAACUAUUGGAUGGCUUCUUCAACUCCCAUCUCAAAAGAUAUGGAGCCACCUGUUGGAGGAACUACACUCCUAGUUGUCUAUGUAUGUUUGGCCAUAGGAAGUUCUUUAUGUGUCCUAUCUAGAGCAACACUUGUUGUCACCGCUGGUUAUAAAACAGCUACUCUACUCUUCAACAAAAUGCAUCUCUGCAUUUUUCGCGCUCCAAUGUCUUUUUUUGAUGCCACUCCAAGUGGAAGAAUCCUUAAUAGGGCUUCUACUGACCAAAGUGAAGUGGAUACAAGUAUUCCUUUUCAAACUGCAUUAUGUGCUUGCUCCAUAAUCCAUCUCGUUGGAAUUAUAAUGGUGAUGUCUCAGGUUGCAUGGCAGGUUUUCAUUGUCUUUAUUCCUAUGACAGCAAUCAGCAUUUGGUAUCAGAAAUAUUAUAUACCAUCAGGCCGUGAACUAUCUCGUUUAGUCGGAGUAUCCAAAGCUCCUGUCAUUCAACACUUUGCCGAAACAAUUUCAGGUACAUCAACCAUCAGGAGCUUUGAUCAGGUGUCAAGAUUCCAGCAAACAAAUAUGAAUUUGAUGGAUGGAUAUUCACGCCCCAAGUUCAAUAUUGCCGGGGCUAUGGAAUGGUUGUCUUUUCGCUUAGAUAUGUUGUCUUCCAUUACAUUUGCCUUUUGCUUGUUAUUCUUGAUAUCAGUUCCACAAGGAGUCAUAAAUUCGGGUGUUGCUGGUUUAGCUGUGACAUAUGGCCUUAAUCUGAACAUUAUACAAGCAUGGAUGAUAUGGGAACUUAGCAACUUAGAGACCAAAAUUAUAUCAGUAGAAAGAAUUCUUCAGUAUACUUCUAUUCCUAGCGAGCCUCCUCUCGUUGUAAAGGAAAACCGGCCACAUGAUUCUUGGCCAUCAUAUGGAACGGUUGAUAUACACAACUUGCAGGUGCGUUACACUCCACAUAUGCCACUUGUGUUGCAUGGCCUUACAUGCACAUUUGUUGGAGGAAUGAAAACUGGAAUUGUUGGAAGAACAGGAAGUGGUAAAUCGACUCUCAUACAAGCACUUUUCCGAAUCGUUGAGCCUACUUUUGGAAGAAUUAUGAUUGACAACAUUAACAUAUCUUCCAUUGGACUUCAUGAUUUGAGGUCAAGAUUGAGCAUUAUUCCUCAGGAUCCAACUAUGUUUGAAGGUACUGUAAGGAGUAAUUUGGAUCCACUGGAAGAGUACAGAGAUGAACAAAUUUGGGAGGCACUAGACAAGUGUCAACUUGGAGAUGAAGUUCGAAGGAAAGAAGGAAAGUUAGAGUCGGCAGUGAGUGAGAAUGGUGAGAAUUGGAGUAUGGGUCAGAGGCAGUUGGUCUGUCUUGGUAGAGUGUUGCUUAAGAAAAAUAAAGUCUUGGUUCUAGAUGAAGCCACUGCAUCAGUUGACACGGCUACCGAUAAUUUGAUACAGCAAACUCUUCGACAACAUUUCACUGAUUGCACAGUCAUUACAAUUGCACAUCGAAAAACUUCUGUUAUUGACAGUGAUAUGGUUCUACUACUUAAUGAAGGACUGAUUGAGGAAUAUGAUUCCCCAACAAGAUUGCUAGAGAACAAGUUAUCAUCUUUUUCUCAACUUGUUGCUGAGUAUACCACAAGGUCGAACUCCAGUUUUCAUCCACAAAAAUAAUGUUUAUGUUUUCGUUAAUAUUGCCGAUCUUUUUUAAUCAUGGAUUUAUUGUAGUCGUGCACUUGACUUAUUUUUUUGGAUAUAAUAUGAAUCUUUUUUAGAAUA